AUGAGUGGUCCUGCUGGCGGAGAUGGACAGAUCAAAGGCCAUUUUGCAUCCUACAUGAACAAGCAGGAGAACUUGCACAAAUGGAAGAAAUUGGACAAAUUUACCUUUUCCAAUCAGCCACUCGACAAGGCGCACAUUAGAAGCAUGCUCAAAAAGCGACGGAACCUACGAAUCGAUCAGAUGCAGACACCUAGCCCUGAAGUAAUAAAAUCGCUCACAGAUGCCGGUAUCUCACCUUGCGACAAGCAACUAGCAGAAAUGUUUGCCGAGGACGAUGCUGAAGUAUUAAGAGUCAUACCUGCUGCAUCUUUCUGGAGAAAAGGCAAGAUUGUAGGCCCAGACAUGGUGGGUUUGGUGCACUUGGAACAGGCUCGGUUGGAUGCUAUCCGACGGUGCAAGGCUGGGCUUCAAGCUUGGGCUGAGUUUGAGGCAAAGGCAGAACUUGAGGCAGAGGCUGAAAAAAUUCCUGAAGAACCAGAGAGUCAUAGAAAGCGGACUCUGGACCCGGUCUCUCCAUCAUCAGCACGGCCAGCUCGAAAGGUUGCAAGACGCGAAGUUUCCGAUCUCCGUCACGAAGAAGAUGCAAAGCAGGCCGCCAUGACGAAUAGCACAAACGUCAAUGAAGCGUCAUCAAGUAUGGAAAACACCUCUGGGAACGCCAACGCAGGCAGCAGUUCUGACGGAAGCACCUUGACUAAGAACGUCAUCAAAGAAGAACCUUUGGACGAGGAUGGCUCCGGAGUGAACUAUGAGGCAGCCGAAACCCAUGGAGGAGAUGCCUUGGAUGAGGAGGAGGAUGCUAUGAUGAGGACUGUAAUCAAGAGAGACGAUAGUGUAUGA